CGGAGUUCGUUAUAACCAGAGGUCGUCUUAAUUGGUUCUAAGUGAUUUUUGUCCGGUGUAUUAGUCAUGAUUUCUGCCUCACUUUUUUAAACAAGACAGUAAGGCUAUAGCUGACCAGGCAAUAAACAUGCAACAUAUGCAUGAGGAAAUACCAGCAGAACAUGACAGGAAUUUUAAGCCAGGUUUUGAACAAGACAGCAAGGCUAUAGCUGACCAUGAUACAUACAUGCAAAAAUGCCAGGGGAAAAUACAGCCAGCACAUGAGGUGGAUUUUCAGUCAGGUGAUGAAGACAUAACAGCUAGAAAACAGUUUGAAGCAUCUCAACCACCUUUUCAUGCGGAAAAAAGAUGUACAGCCGUUCUUCUAAGAGGCAUUCCUGGCAAUGUCCGUGAAGACUAUAUCGAAAUGUUCUUCGAGAAUAAAAAGAAUUUUUCUGAGGUUACAGUCUCCAAAGUUAAAAUUAAUAGGCAGGAAAAAACAGCUGUUGUUGAGUUUGAGGACGAAGAAGCUUCACGUUUUGUGUUGGAAAAGAAAUCUAUCAUCCUAAAGAAGAACACGAUUAUGAUCGAGCCUUACAUACCGAGAACACCAACACAAGAAGUAACCAAAGAAGAUGCUGUAGAAGAUGAUGUAUUACCGAAGGUUGUUCUUAAAGAUUUACCUGACGAUGUUGAUCAGGAGGAAAUAGAGAUGGUCUUUCAGAGCAAAAAACGUGUUGGAGAUAUAGAAGUGGUAGAAAUCGAGUAUAAUGAGGAAGACUCAUUAGCCAUUGUAACGCUUGGAAAUCAGGAGUCUGUAGAUACUCUUCUUGAAAAAUGUCCAUUGAAGAUUUGCGGAGAAAGAAUUUAUGUUGAAGUGCAUGAGCCAUUAAGGGAUACAGAUGCUGAUUAUGAGCAGCCAAAGAUUCUUGCCACAGGGUUGCCUGAGGAAUUAGAUUACGAGGAUAUCGAAAUUUUCUUUGAAAAUAGGCGCAAAUUUGGUGAAACGAAACCCUUGAAGAUAGAUUAUAAUGAAGAAGAACAGUCCGUAGUACUUACAUAUGAAAAUGAAUCGGCUGUUGACCACGUUCUCAGUAAAUGCCCACUUAAGAUACGCGGUGUAGAGGUUCAGCUUGACAAACUCCAUGUGAAUGUACAUGAAAAGGAUGAUACGUCGGACGAUAAGAUGAGUGAAAGCGAUGAAGAGUUUAAUCGUACGCAGACGAAGAUACUUGUAGAAAAUAUUCCUGAAAGCAUUGACGAGGAUGCAUUAGAAAUGUACUUUGAAGCGAGAAAAUUAAAGUGCUGUCAAGUGGUGGAUGUUGAUCUUGAUGAGGAAGAACGAAAUGCUGUCAUCGAAUUCGCUGAACCAGGCCAUGUCGAAUUGGUCUUGCAUUACUGCCCACAUCAUUUAAAGAAGCAGAAAGUUUCUGUUCAAAUUUAUGUACCAAAACGCUUAGACACAAUCAUAGUAAAGGGUCCACCAGACGUUGUAAAUGAGGACUGUUUAGACUCAUUGGAAAUGUAUUUUGAUAAUAAGAAGAAAUCAGGAGGUGGGGGUGUUAAUAAAGACAAUUCUACGUACAGUGCAGAGGGAAACUGUGUAUAUAUAACAUUCGAGAAGGAGAAAGUUGCACAAAGAGUUGUAAACAGAGGAAAUCAUAAAGUACUUAGAAAAGAAAUUGAAGUCACCUUAUUCAAACCGACACGCUCAACAAAAGUACCACUCUUACGAAGGCAAACGGGUAAUCCAGAUUCCAAAAGCAGUGUCGUAAAGCACAGUGAAGUAAAUCAAGAAUCGGUUAAGACAAUACGUGUCCGUGGUAUGAACAAGAUCAGCAGCAGGGAAAUGGUAAAUUGGUAUUUUGAAAACAAGAAGAGGUCCGGAGGAGGGGAUAUCGAGAACAGAUACACGGAUGAAGAGGACGAUGAUAUAGUCUACAUCCGGUUUAAGGCGGAAGAAGUUGCAACGACUGUAGCAGAGCGACACCAUAGAGUGGAUGGAGUUGAGCUUUCAGUAUCCUUGUACACUCCACCCGUCCCUCCGCUUAGCUACACAAACAAGAUACUGUUUAAAGGGCUGAAUGAAAAAAUAACAGAGAGUGUACUGGGCCUUUUUCUCGAGGCUAGAGCAAACUACACUCUUGUAAAGGGGAGUCUUACAUAUCAUGCAGACCAUGAUGAUACUGCUAUAGUAACAACAGAGCAGGACAUUGACUUGGAAAAAUUGGAACAGGUUUGCAAGGUGAAGUCAUUGGAAGGCUCAAACCUCAAAGUUUCCAGCGUUCCAAUAUCAAACUGCAUCAUCGUUUCCAACAUAUCUGACAAUGUCCACAAAGACAUGGUUGAGCUGUACUUUGAAAAUAACAAGAGGAGCAAUGGUGGACCCGUUAGCAAAGUCGAGAUGUUCAAAAACCAAGGCUAUUGUUUGGUUUACUUCAAUGAUUACAAAACUGUGGAUUCUGUUUUACGUAAGGAGCAAACGUUGGGUGGAAGUACAGUUGAAGUUAAAAGAUACAUUCAAUGUAUUGCAAGAGCAGAAGGGGACUCGGUUUAAAGAAGGUUUCAAUUUCCUUAACCCUUAACGAUAUAUUUUAGCCAAAGAAACCCAUCGGUUGAAAUAUCAUGUUCAUGAACGACAGACAUCAAAUAUUGCAUUGCAUUGGUACCAACUGGAAGAAUCAAGAAGAACAAAGUUUCAACGAGUAUAUGGCCAAUAUAUCUGAGCAAAAUACGCCUGUUAUGGAAGAGCCAUACGAGAGAGUGUGUGUUGUGUGUGUGCGGGGGGGGGGGAGUUUAUUACUUAAACUUUUUAUUACUUUUAUCAUUAUCACAGUUAGAACAUGUGGAAGGUGUAAAUGAAUAUUGGCGUUCGUAAACAUGUAUGUCUCAUGAAAAUGAAUACUGUUUUAACCUGUGUUAUGAUCUGAUGAAUAAAUGAACAAUGCAUAUCA